AUGGAAUGCUACCUUUGUGCUAACUUGGAAAAGCCCCCAGGAGCAAGUCCUCCAUCCUUCAUUGCUUUGCUGAAGGUGUACCGAGAACUUCUGGUCAGCAGAAUCCGAAACACGCAGUGUCUGAUUGACAACUUGCUGAAGAAUGGCUAUUUCUCCACUGAAGAUGCAGAAAUUGUUGUCCAGUUUCCAACUCAAGCAGAUAAGGUUCGCAAAAUUCUGGACUUGGUUCAAAGCAAGGGAGAAGAAGUUUCAGAAUAUUUCAUCCUUGUCCUGCAGAAAGUUACUGAUGCUUAUUAUGAGCUUCAGCCUUGGCUGGAUAAAAUAGGUUAUGAGCCUUCAGAGUAUAUUUGUAGUAAACCUGUGGUAAAUACAGACCCAGUCAGCAGGUAUUGCCAGAAGCUCAGAGAUGAGCUGGGCCGGGACUCCAAGUUCGUGAUGUCCUACAGCCAGAGGGAAGAGAUGCUGCUGGAAGACAUCUACAUUCCCAGUAUCAUGGAGCUGGUCAGUUUCACCAAUGAGAGCCUAGGCCAAGUAUGUCAAUUAGAAGCCCUUUUUGAUGAUGCAGUUGGGCUAAUUAAUGAAGACGGAGAAACAAUUUACGUCUUUGGUGAUGCAGGAAUUGGAAAAUCCAUCUUGCUGCAAAGGAUACAAAGCCUUUGGGCCAGGAAAGAAUUGGAUAUAGGGGCCAAGUUUUUCUUCCGUUUCUGCUGUAGGAUGUUCAGUUGCUUUAAGGAAGAUGAAGCUAUAUGUUUGCAAGACCUACUCUUCAAAUAUAAUUGCUACCCAGACCAGGACCCCAUGGAGGUGUUCCAUCACAUCUUGCAAUUCCCUCACACAGUUCUUUUCACAUUUGAUGGCUUUGAUGAGAUCUAUUCCAGCUUUGACCUCAGCAGUGUGCCUGAGGUGUGUUCACCCAACGAAUCCAUCCACCCUUUGGCACUGCUGGUAAGCCUUCUCAGAGGAAAGCUUCUAAAGGGAUCCAAGAAGAUUCUUACAGCUAGGACAGGAACUGAGAUCCAAAGAAAUAUCAUUAGGAAGAAAGUGUUGCUGCGUGGUUUUUCCUGCAGUAACCUGAAGGAAUACACUGCUAUGUUCUUCAGAGACGAGAGGCUGCAAGCGCUGGUAUUGGACCAGUUGGAAGCAAACCCAAAUCUCUGCAGUUUGUGCUCAGUGCCUUUAUUUUGUUGGAUUAUCUUUAAAAGCUAUGAACACUUCCAUUCCAUGUUUGAGAGCCAUGAGCUUCCAGACUGUUCUGUUACAUUAACAGAUGUGUUUCUGCUCAUGAUUGAAGUCCAUCUGAACCGAUCUCUGAAAACAAGCUUGCUGAAGAACAACACCAGGAGCCGAGCGGAGGUGUUCAAAUUGAGAAAGGAAACUCUUCUGACUUUGGGCAAGUUGGCAUACAAAGGGAUGGGGAACUCUUUCUUUAUCUUCAAGCAGGACGAGGUCUCAUUAGCAAACAUCUCUGAAGGAGAUUUGCAGUUGGGCUUUCUCAGGACAGUUAAAGGUUACGGUGGCUGUGACGAUCAGGCCACUUACGAGUUCUUGCACUUGACCCUCCAGUCCUUUUUCACAGCUUUCUUCCUGGUUGUUGAAGAGAAAGUGAGUGCCAAGGAGCUGCUUCAGUUCUUCAAUGAAUGCUCUUCCACUGAGUCUGUCCAGUCGACUUGCCUCCGUAUUCCCUGGCUGAGGAAGCAGCUGGCAGAGGGGGAUCCGUUCCAGAAUAACGAGCACUUCCAUUUCACCAACCUGUUUCUCUGUGGCCUGCUGUCCAGAGCCAAGCAGAAGCUCCUCAAACAUUUAGCAUUGCCUGGGGUCAUCAAGAGGAAGAGGAAGACGCUGGUCACCUACUUUGGGGAGAGCACGAAAUCCCAUCUGAAGGGCUACACUCGCUCCAGGCUUCCGACCUACAACCAGAUCCAGGUGCAGCCCAACUUCAUGUGGAUGCUGCGGUGCCUGUACGAGAUGCAGAGCCAGAAGGUGGGGAGGCUGGUGGCCAGGCGCAUGCAGGCCAACUACAUCAAGCUGACCUACUGCAGCGCCUGUGCUGCCGACUGCCGCGCCAUCGCCUUCCUGCUGCACCACGUCCCCAGGCGCCUGGCGCUCGACCUGGACAACAACAACAUCAACGACUAUGGAGUCAAGCAGCUGCUGCCCUGCUUCAGCAAGCUUGCAGUCAUCAGGCUCAGUGUAAAUCAGGUUACAGAUCAUGGAGUAAGGAUCUUGUGUGAAGAACUCUCCAAGUACCAAAUUGUGACUUUCUUGGGCUUAUACAACAAUCAAAUCACUGAUGUUGGAGCCAAAUAUGUUGCAAAACUCAUUGAAGAGUGUUCAAGCCUGGAAUAUGUAAAGAUAGGGGCAAACAAAAUAACCAGUGAAGGAGGGAAGUGCCUUGCCCAGGCCAUCCAGAAGAGCAAGACAAUCUUUGAAAUUGGGAUGUGGGGUAACCAAGUUGGAGAUGAAGGAGCAAAGGCGUUUGCUGAAGCCCUGAGGAACCACCCCAGGUUAACAAAUGUGAGUCUUGCACUCAAUGGCAUCACCACAGAGGGAGGCAAAAGUAUUGCUGAAGCUCUGCAACACAAUGACUCAGUGAAAAUAUUCUGGUUGACUAAAAAUGAGCUGGAUGAUGAGGCAGCAAUGAGUUUUGCAGAGAUGCUGAAGGUCAACAAGAAACUGGUGCAUUUAUGGCUUAUCCAGAAUCAGAUUACAGCCAAAGGGGUGAAGCACCUCAGUGAAGCACUCAAGGAGAACACAACUAUUAAAGAAGUCUGCCUGAACGGGAACCUGAUAAGCCCAGAAGAGGCCAAAGCUUUUGAAAACGAAGAGCGGAUCAUCUGCUUUUGA